AAUAGAUUUACAGUUGUGUUGAAUUAGCUAGGCAAGCUUACGCAAGAUGACCAAUCAAACCGCACCAGUCUCUCACGAUUACUAUCCUUCAACAAUACACCUACCACACUAUGCAACCAACACAACCCCCGUCUUCUCGCUCAUCGCCCAAUUUGGUAUCCUUUGGAUUGCCGUGCUUGGAGUCGCUCUGAUCAUCAUCCGCCGCGCACGACCUAAUGCGAGUCGAUCAGACCAGUUUGCAUUUGAAUGGAUGUGCCUGACGGGAUCCAUCCACCUCUUCUUCGAAGCCUACUUCGUCAUCAACCAUCAAUCCCUCGCCAGCUCGCAGGACCUCUUCGGCCAGCUAUGGAAGGAGUACUCCCUCUCUGAUUCGCGGUAUCUGACGUCGGACGCAUUCCUUGUGUCCAUGGAGGCCGUCACCGCCUUCUGCUGGGGCCCGCUCGCAUUCUUCGUCGCCUAUUGCAUCGCCGCCCAGCACCCCGCUCGCCACGCCCUGCAGCUCAUCAUGUCGCUGGGACAGGUCUACGGCGAUGUGCUGUACUAUGCGACGAGCUUGUUCGACCUCUACUACCACGGGAUGGAGUUCUGUCGGCCAGAGGGUUAUUACUUCUGGUUUUAUUACUUUUUCAUGAACUUUAUUUGGAUUGCUGUGGGGUCUUAUUAUGCGUGUCAAAGUGCGGUGGAAAUAACGCGGGCUUUUAGAAAGCUGAGUGAACUCGAUCAGAAGCGCAAGUCGAACUGACCGAUGUGAGAGCUGGUUACGCAUUUUCGCAGAAUGAAGUUUGCCUCUGCUGUGACCGGAUGUAUAUUUGAACGAGAAGGAGGAUCGUUUGCAAUAUGUUCUGCGAUACUGGCUUUCAAAGGAAGACAAUUAUUCGCGUGAUUAAUCUUUUCAUGUAGAUAUGAGUCGCUCAAAGACCCUCAUUCGCUUGUGGUGAAGUCCCCCCCUGAAAUUGCUCGGCAAUGACAGCUGUUGAGCUCGGGUAACCCGGCUCCAGUCGACCGGCUUGGCGGUGGGGACGUUAUAGCUUAGCUUUCUUGGCUCUAGUUCAGCCCUACUACUCUGCCGCGGUAGCUAAGUUGGGUAUAGAUGUUUCGACGCUCAUUUAUACUGGG